AUUCCCCUGGCUAUGCCGGGGGAGCACCCUCCCUGUCCCUCCUGAGGGGCUCCGCAGCACAGCAAGGUUCCCCAGGAUCGCCUGUCGGCCCGCCCAAUCAUGCCUUAAGUUGAAGUACAUAACCCUCGACGACGUUGCUCCUGCGGUGGCCGGGAUGUGAACGAGCCAUCCACUACCGUCAACUGCACUGCCUUCCCUGGGCAGAGACGCCGUCAGGGGCGUGCAGGAGGGGCGUUGUGGCUCCGAAUCACCGGCUAGGCUGGGGUACCUCUCCCUCGAUGAUGUUGCUCCCGCGGUGGCCGGGAAGGGAGAGAGCUGUCUGCCACCGUCAACUGCACAGCCUUCCCUGGGCAGAGGCGCCGGCAGGGGCGUGCAGGAGGGUCGUUGUGGCUCUGGGUCACCGGCUAGACUGGUUGGGAUGGUAACCGCUGGUUGCCGUCGAGGUUUGUUGAGAGAAUUAUGGUAUUCGAUAUCCGUAGAAUUUUCUGGGCCCCAGGCUCCCCUCGGGCCGGUGCACUGCUGUGCGCCAGGUCCGAUGCUGUGGCACUGGGGACGCUUCCACUUGCAGAUAUCAUACUAGUUCGCUGCACACUAUCUAGUCCUGUAAUACAUUCCAACUACCUCCCUGGAUGCCGGAGGGGUCGGUGACGGAGGGGCCGACAAGGAAUGUCCUCCGGCGCGCCGAGAGCACAAGCAUCCGCACUCCCUGAGUCUGAAGACGGAGCACUGCACGUUAAUCUUAGUCAGUCACGAGGUGCGGAGUCAAUCCUCCGUGAGGCACUGACGGAGACGCUGACAGGAGGCUUCCUGAAGGCGGAGAUCGCUGAGCAUCCGCUCACCGGAGAUACUUUGUUUCUGUCUUGGUCUGUCCUCGCUUCCCACGAGGGUUGUUGCUGUUAUCCCCAGCGCCAGGCCCACCGUGCUGAGUCAGCAGUAGUUUUUCAUGUAAACACAGGCCUCUCGCCUGCAUCUACUACCCUCUUACAGCUCAUGUGCGCGCCCACACGCGCGGGGGUACUUGUGUGUGGGUCCACGUGGGUAUAUUGUUCUUUAUCUCAAAACUGUUCAUCUGCAUCUUCACUCUCCUCUUCGUCUCCCUUGUGCCUUGUGUGCCAGUACAGCCCGGAGUGCUGCUCUUCGGCUUAUGAAGAGGAUUUUGUCAGGUUGAGACAUGGAAUGUGGAAACGAGCAGUUUGGUUGGAGGGUAAGAAAGAAGAAGAGGGUGUGGUGCCAUCCAGCUGGGUAUUAGAAGAGAACCAAACCUUGUUUUGGCCACAAGGAGUUAAUGCUGAGAAUGCCCUUCAUAAUCAGCAAGAACCAGACCCUGCAUCAUGGAGAAAGUUUAUGUUGAAAAAAGUGAAGAUCACUUCUGAUAGUUUUCAAGAAUGCGAUACCUACCAUCUGACAUCUACGGUGGAGAGUUCUGAGAGCAACAGUGAUCCUGAUGAAGGUCUACUCAUGAGAAAAAGGAGAAAACGUUGUAAGAAAAAUCUGCCUGAUGACUUUGUCAGCAGUGAAAACUUACAUGCUGUCCACAUGAAGCCAGCCUCACAGAAGCCACAGGUCACAACCUCUCAAGAUAAGGUAGCUUCUGCUCCUUCACAGGUUGUACUUCCAACACCUCCUCCUAAGGUGUCUUUGGAUAUGCGGUCCACCAGAACCCAUGGGAUGAUGGAGUGCAGUGCAACAAAAGAUUCGGUAUCCAGCAAGACAUCCAAGUCAUCUGACAACAGUGAUGGCAGUGGCCAGCAUGACAGGAGACAUCAUGACACGCCUUACCAAAAAAGAAACCAUGAUCGAGGUGACAAUCUUGACCACCAUGACAGGAGACACCAUGACACACCUCACCGAAGAAGAAGCCAUGACCAAGGUGACGUGCUUAAAAAGUUCUCAGAUUCAAAUGUGACAGAAAUACAAAUGAUAGUUGCAGCAAAAUUGCGUAAUGCUCCAAAAUUGAAAAAUGAAAAUUAGCUGAUGUAAAAUGGUACUUACAAUCAGUUAAGAUCUGCAAGAAUGUUAAAACAAACCAAUCUUUGUCUCAUGCAUGACCUUGGUGAAGUAAAGUAUUUUCAUACCAAGAUGAACUGCAAUAGCGCAGUGAAAAAUCUAGUCAUACCCACUGCCAACAGGAGUCUAACCCGGGUCUCUUGAGUGAGAGCCAGACAGCACGACCACUACACCACUGUGGUGUAGGGGUCUUGCUGCCUGGCUCUCACUCAAGAGACCCGGGUUCGACUUCUGGUGGCAGUGGGUAUGACUAGAUAAAGUAUUUUCAUUUUGUAUGUUACUAAAAAAAUGCUGGUAAAUUUAUCUCAUGACUGAUUGUACACAGAUGACCUUAUAUAUUGUAACUAUGUGUACAUUUCCCUUCCUCCCCCCUCUCUCUCUCUCUUAAAGAAGCUCUUUUUCUAUCAGAAUGACAAAAUUUAUUGAUGUGUAAACAGUAUAAGGGGGGAUGUUAGAGAAGCUUAAGAAUGAAAGAACCAGGACCGCCGAGAACCGAACCUCAGACAAGCUGUUCCCGCCACCACGCUAACCUGGUCCUGGUUCUUUCAACUUGUCGUUAUGGGAUUCAAGCUUAAGAAUGGUUUUAAGAUGUGGAGAGAGACUUACUGCUGUAAAAUUUGAACCGAUUGGGAUAUUACCUCAUGAUAUUUAUGUGAGAUGAUAUUAAUGAUCUCAGAUUAUAAAAGCAAACUAGUAUUAUUAACAGUUAUUUAUUUUGUAAUUUAGUAAUAGAUAUAACAUUUUAAUUUAUAAUUUUGCUUUUGCCUACCACUUAGGUUCCCAUGUAUUUUUACGUAAAUGAAAAAGUAUGGAGCUACACAAGUAUCAAUUCACAAAAUGCUUAAUUUCAUUGACAACUGUGGUCUGUAUUGUUUUAAGCAUAUUGUGUACUUGUGGCAGGCCUGGUAUUCUUUGCAUAUAUUCCCCCUGGGGCUACAUAGAUACUAGAAUGUAGCCCUCUCCAUGUCGGCUGUGUGCCGUAAGAGGCGACUGAUUCUGGCCCUGGGUGGGGAUCUCUUUUACUAGCCCAUAGCAGGUCUUUUUACCGCUUGACAUAUUUUCCCUUCUCAUUUCCCUUUGCUUUUUGUCCAUUUUCUUUUACGUUCUCUUACUUUUCCGAGUGGUGGGCUGACUCUUUGUCAGAGUGAGGGUUGGUGUCCUUUACUUCCCAUAGCCAUUUCUGUCUUUCUCUUGUUCUAUAUACCUCUACUGUUUAGGGUGACACUAGGCUGGGGAUCUGCCCAUUCUUCUCUACCUUUUAUAGUCCCACUUGUGGCACAUGCCCAGGGAUAAUGCUAGGCACAAGUGCCAUGGGAACCCAUUUAUUGAGUCGUGGCCCGGGAUGGCGGAUGGUCACCCUCACAGUUCAAGGGUGGUUUCUGCUGUUCUGGACCAUGGCAUGGGGAGGUAAUGCAUAGGAGCAGGUGUCAGGCUAUGGAUGGAUUGUGGCUAAACAAAGUUUUAAUUUUUUGUAUUACUGGGAUCAUCCAUUUAUAUAUUGCAGUUAUUCUUCAUUCAAGUCAGAUAUCUUGAAAGCCUUUAUAUAUAAAAAUGCAAGCACUAACUUUUUUUUUUUUUCAUAAAAUAUGGAAAUUAUUUUGGUUUUGAUAUUUUUACAAGGAUGAAGAUUAUUAAAUUUAUGAAAAAGUGUAAGACUGAAGAAUAUAUAUAUAUACACACUUUCUGUA